UUCGGUCGCCCCAAAUUAAUCUACACUCCAAGAGAGAGAAGGAAACCAGUUUUGUGCAGCGAAUCAGGCUAUUUGCAAUGGCGAGCUCUCUGCAACGGCUGGCAAGUAAUUCCAGCAAGGCUUAUCGAUCUGCUUUGGCUCCAUUUACGAGAGCGUUCUCCACGGGGGAUACCUUAGUGGAAAUAAGACCCGGAGAGAUCGGUAUGGUUUCCGGCAUCCCACAAGAGCACCUCCGCCGAAGGGUCCUGAUUUUUUCACCUGCUCGAACUGCUACCCAACAAGGAUCCGGAAAGGUCGGGAGAUGGAAAAUUAAUUUCAUGUCCACACAGAAAUGGGAAAAUCCAUUAAUGGGCUGGACAUCCACUGGAGACCCAUAUGCAAAUGUUGGUGAUUCUGCAUUAAGUUUUGACAGUCAAGAAGCUGCAAUAGCUUUUGCCGAGAGACAUGGUUGGGAAUACACAGUGAAGAAGCACCAGACUCCAUUAUUGAAGGUGAAGUCAUAUGCGGACAACUUCAAAUGGAAGGGCCCUCCAAAGGAAGAGGCGAACUAAUUCGCUUAUACAAUGUUUUUUCCUUCGCGGGCUUUUUAGCUCGUAACUACUAGUUGAAAUCGACCUCAGAUCAAAUUUUUUCUAUUCAUUUUUAGUUUUAAAUUUUUGAAACAGUGGUAAAAAUAGAACAUGCUUGUUUAUAUAUAUUCUAAGUGAAAGUGGUUUAUUAUCAUUCUCA